AUGGCGUAUGCGACUCGAAUCGCACUGGUAGAACUUCCGGCGCAGGUUCCCUCGACCCAUCCGGGUCAGAAUCUGAAAAAGACGCGGGUAUACCAACCCACGGCUUUCGCACAGAAUCCACACGGACAGUUUCGACAUCGUAUAAUCAUUGGUGUGGACUUUGGAACGACAUACAGCGCGAUUGCGUGGGGUAGCUCAUCGGAUCCUGAUUCGAUUGAGAUUAUUAAUAGCUGGCCGACUUCCGGCGCUCGUGUGAUGGACUCGUGUCCCACCGAGAUAUCAUAUCAUGAAGGGUCGACAACAGAAUUCAGCUGGGGAUAUGAUAUCCCAUCGACAGCAAGAAGGCUGGCAUGGUUCAAGCUACUACUCGAGUCCGAUGAUACUGAUAUUAAACGGAAAGUCAAUAUACCGGAUGGUCUGGAUGUUAUGGACGUUUGCACGGACUUCCUUCAUGCGCUAUAUAUUCACACAAUGGAAACCCUCUACCGCAAGAAAGGAAACCAUGUUAUGGAAAUCACACAAGUUGACUUUGUCCUAACGGUCCCCGCCGUUUGGAACGACGGCGCAAAGCAGAGGACUCAGAAGUGUGCUGAGAAUGCAGGGUUCGCGAACGGCCACAGGUUGACAAUGAUCAGUGAGCCCGAAGCCGCGGCUGUAUUUUGUAUAAAAAACCAAGAUGCGCAUAAUAUCAAGGCUAGUGAUAGAAUAGUCGUUUGCGACGCUGGCGGUGGAACAGUUGAUUUGAUCACCUAUAACUGCUUGGAAAUUAGCCCCAGAUUACGAGUACGAGAAUGCGCAGUCGGCGAAGGUGCCUUCGCAGGCUCCUCCAAGAUCGAUCGAAAUUUCGCAGAAUUCUUCAAAAACCGGAUGGGAUCCCACUUCGAAAGUCUAAGACUAGAAACACAACAGAAAGUCAUCAAAAACUUCGAGGCUAUCAAGUGUGGUUUUAGAGAUCGUCCUGAUCAGGCUGUAUACACAGUCACCGUCCCAACAAUAAACAACCUCCCAGAAGCCGGAAUCGAGAAUGGUGAAAUGUUAAUAUCGAGAGAAGAUAUGAGAACUCUCUUCGACCCUGUUAUCACAGAAGUCAUUACUUUAAUCUACAACCAAAUCAAAGAAACAUCCGACAAUGCAGGAAGAGUAAAUACAAUCCUCCUAGUCGGUGGGUUCGGAGAAUCUCUCUAUCUCUACCAAAGAGUCGUCGAUUGGGCCGGUCCAUACGGAAUCAACGUUAUCCAACCGAGAAGCGCAGCAACGGCUAUCGUAAAAGGAGCUGUUAUCCGAGGACUUGAAAUUCACUUGGACGCCUCGAACCCCGGAAGAACACAGGUCGAACGCCUAUGUAGAAAAAACUACGGCACCGUCAGUUCGCAACUCUUCAUCGAUGGAAAACAUAGAGCCGAAGAUGCAUGGAUAGAUCCCCAAACCGGUAGGAAGAUGGCAAGAAAUCAAGUCAGCUGGUUCAUCCUCAAAGGCCAACCCCUCACCGACGAACGUCGUUUCUCAAACCAUUUCCACCGAAACUUCAAACACAUCACUCCCUUCCUAGACGCCAUGGUCGCCUCUAGCAGCGAUAACCCUCCGAACCGUGUCGAAGGCGACGUUCACGUCGUCUGUCGAAUGACAUCGGAUCUAUCAACCGUCCCAAAGAAUCUAUUCGAUAAAAAAUGGAAAGGUCUAAGAAGCUUCUAUAGCGCAAGGUAUAGACUUGACAUGACGAUUGAAAGUGCUGAGAUUAAGUUCGAGUUGGUUUAUAAAGACCGAUCAUAUGGAUUCGCACAAUGUCAAUUCGACUAA